UCGCUGGCGCUGCUGCUGCUGAGUCCAGUAGUAGAGAGAGAGACUAGUGAGCAGCAGUGUGUCAGGUGAUCCGGCAGCGGGUGUUGCUGCUGCUGCGUGUGUGGAUGUGAGCACCAGCCGACUGGAGAAAAUGCAAAAUGGCACGUUGGGAAUGUGAGCGGAUCCCAGCUGCUUACCCUGCUCCUGGGAUUCCCGUCUGGAUAAUGAAGAGCUAAGCUUCAUCCUGCUGAUCACAUCACGGCGCACACUGUCACCGUUAUAGCAUCUGUUAUAUCAUCAGAGAUCCGGGCUGCGUCCAUUCGCCUACCCUUGCACGCCCCCGAUCUGCUGCUAUUACACGCUAUCUGGCUAUCGAUCUGCUACUGCUAUUGAUCGCCGGGGCACAGCACGUGUAGGUUGCCAGAGCCAUGGGGCUGUGUUACAGCCUCCGGCCGCGGCUGUUCGGUGAUCCCAGCGGCUCUAUCUCCAAUGCUGCCACCAAUUCGGACACGGAGCAGCCCCCGGAGCUGUCAGUGCCCCUGCGAGCCGGGGACCUGCGGCAUGGGGAUUUGCAUCGGCCGGGAGCAUCUACAGGGGAUACGGCACAGCAGCAACCUCAUGCCCAGUUCAGGGAUGGCCAGCCGCGCCGAGGGGACCAGUGUAAGCCUGGUGGGAGAGGGGACAGUCCGGAUGGGCUGCUGCUAUUGCUACAGAAUGGAGGAGGCAGCAGCAGCACCACCACCGGGGAGAGCAAGCAGCAACAGCAGCACAAACCCAGCAAAGUGCAGCAGCCCCAGCAGCAGCAAAUGCUCCAGCAGUAUCCUCUGCAGAAAGGAUGGGACAAACUCCGGUUGGAGGAGAAGGAGGCAGAGAAGGAGGCCAAAAAAGUCAGCAAAAGCAUAGACCGGGUACUAAAGGAGCAGAAAAGGGAAUACAAGCAGACGCACAGACUGCUGCUGUUAGGUGCUGGUGAGUCAGGAAAAAGCACGAUUGUGAAACAGAUGAGGAUCCUCCAUGUCAAUGGAUUUAAUUCAGAAGAAAAGAAACAGAAAAUUCAGGACAUUCGAAAAAACGUUAAAGACGCCAUUGUGACAAUAGUAUCUGCAAUGGGCACAUUAAUACCCCCGGUUCCAGUGGCCAAUCCUGAAAACCAGUUCCGAAUUGACUACAUCAAGAGUAUAGCUCCACUGUCAGACUUUGAUUACACACAGGAGUUUUUUGAACACGCACAAAAGCUUUGGGAUGAUGAUGGUGUGAAGGCCUGCUAUGAGAGGUCAAAUGAAUACCAACUUAUUGACUGCGCACAAUACUUUCUAGAGAAAAUCGACCAUGUCAGGCAAAAUGACUACACACCAACAGAUCAGGAUUUAUUACGAUGCAGAGUUUUGACAUCAGGGAUUUUUGAAACGCGAUUUCAAGUAGACAAAGUAAAUUUCCACAUGUUUGAUGUAGGAGGGCAAAGAGACGAGAGAAGAAAAUGGAUCCAAUGUUUUAAUGAUGUCACAGCUAUCAUUUUUGUAGUUGCAUGUAGCAGUUACAACAUGGUUAUAAGAGAAGAUAAUAACACAAACAGACUACGAGAAGCACUGGACCUGUUUAAAAGUAUCUGGAACAACAGGUGGUUACGAACCAUUUCCGUAAUUUUAUUUUUGAACAAACAAGACAUGCUGGCUGAAAAAGUCUUGGCGGGAAAAUCAAAAAUAGAAGAUUACUUUCCAGAAUACGUGCGCUACACUGUACCCGACGAUGCAACACCAGAUGCAGGAGAGGAUCCCAAAGUGACGAGGGCCAAGUUUUUCAUCCGAGAUGAGUUUUUAAGGAUAAGCACGGCGAGUGGUGACGGAAGACAUUACUGCUAUCCUCAUUUUACCUGUGCCGUAGACACGGAGAACAUUCGCAGAGUUUUCAAUGACUGUCGAGAUAUCAUCCAGAGAAUGCACCUCCGCCAAUAUGAACUCUUGUAAUCGUAUUCACCGUGGAGCCUGUGGUUUUAAAUCCUUUGCUACUUUUUCUGUCUCUUUCCUCUGUACUGCUCCACACAGGGUGGAAAAUCCCUACAGCGCACUUUUUUUCUAGGCUUCUUUACUUUUUAUUUUGAUAUUUUUGUUCAGCAAGGAUUUUUUUCUUACCAACUUUUUACUUUUGGUUUAUGCACAAGGGCGUUUUGUGUCCUUGUUUUUCCUUUCACAUGACACUUUUUUUUCUUUUAUUUUUUUUUUAACCAUUCCACUAAACCAGUGCUGCUCACUCCCGUAACUAGGAAACCUAUUGGCCUUUUUCAGAGCAUAGACUUUAGCUUUUGCAACUCAUGUACCCUAGCACUUCUCACCUGCAUAGCCACUUUUGUAAAAGGCAGGAUCAUAUAAAAACUCCCAGGUCUAACUUAACAUAUGUAGUGUGCCCCAGACUGUCAGUUCUGCAGCUUUGCCAUCUACAGAAUUCCCGCAUGCCUCUUCCUGCUAGGCUGAGCAUGAAAUGGGCAGUCACUUCACAUACACCAUCCUGCUAAAAGGGACUACUGCUGAUAAAGUGACCUGACUAUUACUUAAUCCAGGGUAUAUUUAUACAGUACAUAACACAUGUUCACUCUAAUUAGAGUAGACCUUGAUAUUUCUCAAAUGUCCCUGUGACCUACAUACAGUACGAGGAAGUCGGCAAACCUGUGGGCUGAACCUAUGUUUAGCAUAGUCAUUCGCUAAGAACUCACUGAAGGUUUCCUCAUGCCACAGUGAUGUUAAUAGUUCCUACUGAAUUGAUGGGACUGCCUACUCAUGUACAUCAGCCCACGGACUGGUUGUAUCCACUGUGUCAAGGUGACACACUCUAAUAUAUACAUGAUGUGGGCAAUAAUGUCAGUCACUUUGUGCAGUGUAACAUAACAAACAUACAUGGAACUGCCCAUGUCGGAGUGUUGUGAUCACGCCUCAGUCAUUUUGCAGGAUUUGUGUGGAGGGUAAUUUUAACAGAAAAACAUCUUAUCCUUUAUCAAUUAAGAGGGGAAAGCAGUCCCUGUAUACACUCCCAGUUACUAAAGGAAUAAUAACAUUGCAAGCAGCUGUCUCUGGAGUGCUCUGGAAUGAAAAGAUGGAAUGUCCUGAGAGGCAAUAUCAAAACUUCAUUUUUUAAUAUCACUGCAUCUUUUUAAUGUUCACACCAGUAAAAUAAAAAAAUAAAAUAUAUAUAUAUAUAUAUAUAUAUAUAUAUAUAUAUAUAUAAUAUAUUACUCACACACACAUUUUAGAGUGAGGGAUGGGAUGUAGGAAGUUAUUGCCUAGAGGUAAGGAUGAGGGGCGCCAAUCUAAUAUGAUGCUAACAUCAGGGGAGAAACAGUUUUGAACAGUAGCUUUGCUUUAAGUGGCUCUCUGAACAAGAAAGGGUUAAUACCAUUCCACUAAGCCUUAGGCUACCUCUGUUCUUUAGUUUUGUUUUUCUAUUUCUUACGGGCGUCGGCCCAUGUAACGUGUACCCAUCUUUUAGAUGGCAUUAUGCUCAGACUUAUCCCUGUGUGGGUUUACUUUAUUUUAUUAUAGCUAUUUUUCUUUAACAUGACACUGAAGAGUACUUGAUGGAGGAAAAAAAAAAAAAAAAAAAAGAAAUAAUGCACUUUGUAUCAGGUAAAACAACAAAAAAAAAAAACUGUUGAGGAAUUAUCCACACAAUGUAGCAGCACCAGAGAUAUUUAUUAAUAUGUCACAAAUUUUAGCAUUGUUGAGUUGCAGGUCAACUGGUAAAAGUGACCUCUGCUCGUUACGCCUUCAGGUGAAGGAGGAGGCUUGCAAGACAUUGCAGAGCGGUAGCCUGCAGGCCUUUUGUGACACGGAGUAGUUCAAAGAAUGUUAUGGGAACAGUACAUGAAGUAGGUAAUGAAGAGGCAAGUUAAGCAAUUUUUUUACCUUUUUUUUAUGGUGUUUUGUGGCUAAGUGUUUGUGCACACCUCAGGCAUUCAAACUGCAGCUGCUUUCAGCCUCUCACGUCAAGGCAGAAAAGAAAAAAAAACAAAUUACCACCCUCACUGAUAUUAUACGUUCUGUCCACAGAUGAUCUUCUUAGCCUUAGAUCAUUGUUGGGCGCUAGUCCUCUAUAUAGAUUUUUUUUUUUUUCUUUUGGAUUUUGUUUUAACUGCUGGUUUAUUAUGAUGUACAGAUGUAAAAUGUAAUAUUAUUUUGUACAACUUUAUUGAAAAAAAUAAUACUUGUAGAAGAUCUUUGUGCCUUGAUUAUGGCUGUACCUGUAAAAUGAGCUAAGAUGUAAGUAUGUUUUUGAUUGCGCUGUACAGCUUGAUGUCAAAACUUGCCUGCAGCUGUGACUGCGGGUAGGACUAUCUGUAGAAUUUAGUUUUUUUUUCUGGUUUAUAUAAAAAGAAGGAAAUGCUCUUUAGUACAAAAAAAAAAAAAAGAAAACAAAAAAAAUUAUAAAUUAUGCAAAUUAACCACUUACCUUUACAAAUAAGGUCCUACAAUGACCAGUUGUUGCAGCAAACAUGCCUUUUUUUGUUCUGUUUUUACGUGCAGACGCAGGAGGAAGUGGAGAGACUCAGCUUUAAAAUGAAAACAAAAACAAAAAAAUAUUGGAAUCCAUUUCUUUGUUCAUAUUUGCAGCCUAGUGGUGUUUCAGUGGGAACCAAGGAUUUUAUUCUUAUUUUGAAACAUUUCUUUUAGAAAACCUUUUGAUCAUUUUUGCAUCAUGGAUCCAACAUUCACAGUACUGCCGCAAUGAUAUUGUGAAUGAUAAAAGAAAAAGAUACUAUGGCAGCAUUGGUUAAAACUUUGUCUACCUUUUCGCAGCAGCACGACGAGGAGGGGAAUCAAAAAGGUGGAAAUCUUUGUCUAGCCUGAUAAAUUACAAGAUGACAUUUUAAUUUCUCUUUUAAUAAAGAGACACAUUAGAAAGUU